AUGCAAGAUAAAUUAAACGAGUUUAAUCUUACAGACGUUUACACCAAAUUAAAUUCGAUACUGGAUAUUGAGAACUCGGAUUUGUGCAUACUUAAUAAUAUAUGUGAUUUAACGACAGGAGAGAAUAAUAUUAGCGUGAAUGUCGGACAAGAGCCAACUAUUUUUGGACCCUUCAAAGUUGGCUACGAAGUUGUGGAUGGACUUCUAAUGGCCUAUUAUGACGGAGUGUCAAUGUCGAAGAUUGGAUGGGGACAAAUACAGCCAGAAGACUGGCCAGUACUAAUGGAAAUGACAAAAGCGGACCAAAAACUGCGUUUCGGUUGUCCUGAAGUCGCCAAACAUAUGGCAAAACCUUUAUUAGGGUACAUUGAUUAUAUAUUCAAGGUGAGCCAAAUUAAUGUCAGCGUUCUGGUUGGUGACGAUUCGAAUAUAAUGUCAAUUUUGGCAUCUUUAGGCGUCAAACCUUAUAAUUUAGAAGAUCAGCCUGAAAUGUCUCCUAUAGGGGGUAAAGUUAUAUUCGAAAAGUGGUACAAUGGUGUGGAUUACUACUUGAAAAUUAAAUAUGUUUAUUUAUCGACUGAACAGAUUAGAAAUGGGGCCAGAAUAUCAGAGGAUAAUCCAGUACGUGAAACUAAUUUGGAGUUACAAGAUGCUAUAGUUAAUGAACAAGGCCACUGUACAUUUGCACAGUUUAUGAAAAUUGUAGAAAAUGUUUUGUUGAAUGUUCCUACCUAA